AUGGUCCCCUUGUUGUAAUCAUCGACCCAACAAUUAUCAUCUCUUCCUCUUUCUUCAGAGCUCUCGGUGAGAACUUGAAGCCAAAAAGAUAUAAAAGCUGAAAGCAGUUAUCUUUUUCUUGUAGAGAGAGGCUUUGAUGCUGAAUUGGUCAUAAGGGGAAAGUUGGGUUCUUGAGGUCUUUGUUCCACUCUUGUUUGUUUGAUCUUUUUCCCCAUGGAGAACCAGAACGGAGAUGGGAAUCAUAAGAAGGUUGAUGGGGCCUUGGAGGGUUUUGCUCCUGUCUCUUCCACUAGAAUUGAUUGGAAACCCAGAAAGAGAUCAGAGAGGUAACUUGUUUCUAACAGCUGGCGGGAGGAGUAUAGAGAAGGUAACAGAGGACACUGCUAACAAUACUCCCAACAAACAGGAAGAGUAUACCGAGCCCGAUGAGGAUAUGCUUCAGGACUCAACUGCAGCUCCUGAACUGUCGGAACGUCGAAAGGCUCUGUUUGAACCCUUAGAACCUAUGAUGAAUGGCAAUGGGAAACGACCAUCAGCUGAGUCCUUACUUCCUCCUCCUGACUUUGAUUCCACGAGCUAUCCUAAAGGGUGGCUUAUUGGAAAAAGGCGAAAGCUGGUUAAUGUUGAUGUCGUUGAGAAAAUGAGGCGGAUUGCCAUUCAGGAAAUGAACAGAAAGGAUAGGGAAAUUGAUGGACUAAACGAGCAAUUGGAGGAGGAUGCAAGGUGCCUAGAACACUUGCAACUGCAGCUCCUGCAAGAGCGAAGCAAACGUGGAGAAGUCGAGAGAGAGAAUGCAAUGCUGCAAGACCAGAUUACUAUGCUUAUGGACAUGCUGCACGAAGACGGCAAUGUAGGAGAUGAUGAAGGCCCUGCUGAACCAUGAUUGUUUAUUUUAUUUUGCUUGUUUCUUUAUUCUUUUUGUACAUUUUCUCCGAGACAGUAGAAGCAUAAUACAUGCAUAUACAUACUGGUGUGGCCUGCUAGUGCUAGUCAAGUGUCUUGAAUUUACACUUUUACAGAUGAAUUGUGAAUCUUGCGAGCGUGUAUUAACAAUACGUCCAAGUUGUGGAUC